AUGCUUUCUUUUUGGAAAAAGCCAUGGAACUUGCUAAGCGGCACGCAAACGCACUCUUUGACUACGCAGUCACAGGAGAUGUAAAGAUGCUUCUGGCAGUUCAGUGCCCCCUCAUAGCCGUUCAGGAUGAAAAUGGGGAUAAUGUCCUGCACUUGGCAAUUAUUCACCUUCACAUGGAACUAGUGAAGAACCUUUUAGAAGUAAUAGCAAAUAUGAAUGCUGCUGCUGUUCUCAAUGUGAGAAAUGACCUUUACCAGACUCCUUUACACUUGGCUGUUAUAACCAGGCAGGCAGGAAUUGUGAAAGCCUUGCUUGGGGCUAAGGCUGACGUGACCCUCUUGGAUCGCCAUGGGAAUUCUGUCUUCCAUUUGGCAGCUCAGCAAGGAGAUGAGGUGGUUUUAAGUAUGUUGCUUCAUCACAAAGAGGCAUCUGUGAUGAGAGACCUUCCUAAUGGGGACGGCCUGACAGUCCUUCACUUAGCUGUUAUAGCAAACAGUAUGCUGUGUCUCAGACAACUCCUUGCUCAUGGUGUUGAUGUCAAUAUCCAGGAACAGAAAUCUGGAAGGACAGCCUUGCACCUGGCUAUUGAACAAGGAAAUAUUUCCAUGGCAGGUUGCCUUCUACUUGAGGGUGAUGCAUUUGUGGACAGCGUUACUUAUGAUGGAACCACUCCACUUCAUAUAGCAGCUGGAAGGGGAUCUACAAAAUUGGCAGCACUUCUCAAAGCAGCAGGUGCAGAUCCGCAUAUUGAAAACUUUGAACCGUUGUUUGAAGAGGAAGAUGCGAAAGAUAAUGAACGUGAAAAAAUUAUACCUGGGACAACACCUCUGGAUAUGGCAACCAGCUGGGAGGUGUAUGACAUCUUAAGUAGAAAACUCUGUAAGUCAAAGGCAGCUUCUGAAGAGCUACCGAUUCAAGGCAAUAUGAAAGACCUGAAUGAGGAUGUUAAAUUACAGCUGUACAAAUUACUUGAAGUUCCUGAUCUUACCAAAAGCUGGUCCAUGUUGGCACAGAAGCUAGGCCUAGGGAUAUUAAACAAUGCCUUUCGGUUGAGUCCUUCUCCAUCAAAAACUCUACUGGAUAAUUAUGAGGUUUCUGGUGGAACAGUAAAGGAGUUGAUUGAUGCUCUCAGAAAAAUGGAUUAUCCAGAGGCUGUUGAAAUUAUUGAGAAAAGAACUACUUUGUCAAGCCAGUCUAGCCAGGAGAAAGCCAAAAAUGAUCUUCUUCCAUUAUGUGAUUUACCUUCUCCUAGGACAGAACAAGCAGAUGACAUACAUAAUUUCAAAUUCCAGGAUGCUGAAAGCAUUUGUGACAGUGGAGUGGAGAUUUCUCUUCACAAACUUAGCUUUACAUAUUCUGAAUCUUUUACCAGCAAGACAUCAAUAAAUCUUAAGAAAAAGGCUUCAGGCUAUGGACAGGACAACUCGUUACAAGGCAAAAUUGAAGUAACCUAAAUAUGGUAUUGCUAUGAAAAAUAUUUCCAGAGAAAAGAGAGCUUUUAAUGAUCCAAAUUUCACCAAAAGAAAAAGCUCUUUGACAUGUUUACCCACUGGACCUUUCAACAAACUCAGACCAGAUCCCAGUAAACUGGAAGACUCAGGAAAAGGAUUGAAUGGCACUUAUUUUUUUUCCAGAAGGAUCAUUAGUAAAGAAAAUUAACCAUUUUCUUCAUGCUCAGUGAAAGUUAUGUAAUAGACUGUAACUAUGGUCCAAAGCUGUGAAGCACAAAAUCACAAACGAUAAUCAGGAACCUUAAUUGCAAAAUAUGAUGUAAAUGUAUUUAAAACUUCAUCUGGUGUCUAUAAAAUAAUGCAAGCUUUCAAAGGUUUGCAAUUGUUUUACCCUUUUUAUAUUGUAAAUAUUUCAAUUUAGAUGAAUUGCCACUAAUUUUUUUUAAAAA